AUGUCACAAACCACUUCCAAAGCCGGAGAAUUUCGUUCUCUCUACCAAAAAUACAUUGAAAGUUUCAACACACGAGACUUUGAAGUCAUGAAAUCCUUCUACGCGUCUCCUGUCAACGUGAUGGACAAACGACAAGAACCGGACGACAUUAUUGCCAUGUGCAAAUAUUUGUUAGAGUCGUUCCCUGAUUGGAAAGGGGAAGUGCGACAUAUAGUGAUCGAAGGCGACUACAUGACGGUACACUUUAAGGACUCAGGAACACAUCAGGGUGAAUUUCGAGGAUAUCAAGCGACGGGACGCAAGGUGGAAACAACUGAGGUGUCCCUUUAUCAUGUUGUUGAUGGCAAGUUUGCCGAAGUUUGGCCGUUGGUCGAUUUCGACACAGUAGUUGAGCAGAUCAAAUAA